AUGCAUAAAAGUAAAAUACCUUCAUUUUCAUCAACAAGUAUGCCUCGUUUUUAUUUUGUUUUAUUAUUAUUAAUUAUUAUUUUACUUGUUUAUUGGUAUUUUUCAUCUGAUUUAAAUUCUAAACAAGUCUUUGCUAAUAUAUCUCGUCUUCCACAAUCAUCUUUGUUUACUUAUCCAAAUGUUUCUUCACAAAUACAUUUCAAUGAAAGUCAAGGUAUACUUUAUGUACCACCUUAUGAUCAACCAGCUCAUUUUGUUUCAAUGAAAAGCAAUGCUGUACGAGGCAAUCAUCGACAUAAAAAUAAUGAAAAUAGUAUUUCAUAUGAAGUACUUGUUCUAUUACAAGGUCAAUAUCAAUUUCGUAUUAGUAAUGAUGAUACAAACAAAUAUGAAGAUUAUCAAUAUGAUAUAUCUAAAAUAGGUAUUGUUGCUCUUAAAUUUCCAGCUGAUAAAUGUCAUGCAUUAAAAAAUAUUGGAAAACAAACAAAUUGGUUUGCUAGUUAUUAUAUUAAAUCAAAAGAUGUUACAACAAUAUCUGUUGAUAAACAAAAUUGUAAAAAAAUGAUAUUAACUUAA